AAUAGCUCCACUUACCCAGCUAACCACCCAUGUCUGUCAUAUGUUGUCAGUAGUAUUCCCCUAGAUCUAGAGCUGUACCUCCUGCAUAAACCCCAAAUGACUUUUUCAAAAGAUGGUAAUGGUUGUGGGCAAUGUUAAUGUCGAAGGAGGUGUUGAUGUUGGGUCCUCAGAGAUCUGAGCAGAUCUGAACUACAUUCUGCACAGGGCAUUUUAGACAGAUGUGCAGAGAAAAUGACAGCAGAAAUUGAACAGGGUUUGCAGAAACACUAUCAUGAAGUUCUUAAUGUCUCCUCUGCUGAUUCCCACAGAAUGGGAUUAAAACCCAUCACCUUCGUUCGUCAGGUCCUGGCUACUUGUUCCUACCCUCUUCUGAACGAUGAGAGUUUACCUUUGGAUGCAAGAGAGAGGGCACAAAGGAUUCUGGAAGAAUGUGAAGGAGGAAGCAUAGGAUCAUACACUUUUGCACGUGGGAUAAAAAAGUUCAGAGAUUCCAUAUGUAAAUUUAUCACCAAACGUGAUGGUGUUGUUCCUGAUCCUGACAACAUCUACAUCACAAGUGGAUCCCAGACAUCCCUUAUAAUGUUAAUGAAAAUGCUGGUUCAUAGUGGGGGUUCUCUGAAGACCGGAGUUCUUACUCCUGUACCAGCCCACACCACCUUUAACAUGGCAGUGGCAGGUCAGGGUGGACUUGUGGUGCCGUACUACCUGUGUGAGGAACAGGGGUGGGCGGUAAAACUCGAAGAACUGCACCGCGCUCUGCACACAGCCAGGGGGCAGUGCAACCCAAUGGUGUUAUACAUUAUCAAUCCAAGUCUUACAGGCCAUGUGCAGAGUAAGGACUCGAUUGCCGAAGUGAUUCGCUUUGCUGCAGACGAAAGGCUCUUCUUAAUGGUAGACGAGGUGCAUCAGGAUAAUGUGUAUGGGAAAGAGACUGAGUUUUAUUCCUACAGAAGAGUGCUGUCUGAAAUGGGACUCCCGUACUCCAGCACCGUAGAGCUAGCCUCCUUUAAUUCCAUCUCCAAGAGUGUCAUGGGAGAGUGUGGUCUGCGUGGAGGCUAUUUGGAGUUGGUGAACCUUGACACUUUAGUGAUUCCGUACGUCCAGAAGUUCUUCAACACGCAUUCGUGCGGAUCAUUGAUGGGGCAGAUUGGUGUGGAUUUGAUGGUUGAUCCUCCACAACCCACACAGCCUUCGUAUGAACUCUACACUCAAGAGGUUCAAUCAAUUAAGAGCACAAUAAGAAAUAACGCCCAGAAGAUUGUGGAGGUUCUCAAUGGCCUACCUGGAAUAAGCUGCCAGCCAGUAAAUGGAGGAAUUUUUGCCUUCCCACGUUUGCAUUUGCCCCCAUCUGCAAUAAAACAUGCCAAGGAGAAGCAGCUGGAGCCAGACUUGCUGUAUUGUUUGUAUCUGCUGGAGGAUGAAGGCUUGUGCGUGGAAGCUGGUUGUGUACACGGACAAAAAGAGGGAACAUAUCACAUCAGGAUUUGCCUGGCGACUCCAGAGAAGACCAUGACCAACGUUCUGAAGAGACUGAAAAAAUUCCAUCUUUACUUCAUCAGUGUGUUUCCCUGAACAGCCGCAUUAUCAUAAACCAUUAAAGAAAAAUAAAACAUAAUGUUCAUCUUAUUAAAGUGUUUCCACUGAAAAUAGUCUCUGGAUCUGUAUUUAGGGAUGGUAACAAAAUUUCAAUAUUUAAAUCCAUAUUUAAUAUUUGUGUCAAUUCAGAGCCCUGUUGCUUCUGGCGACUUUCUGGGAUGCAAAUUACCAUGUUGCCAGGUCUGCAUGAAAUCCACUCAACUCUUAUUAAGAAACUGCCACACCAUUAUGUUUUACUGUUCAACACUUAUAUUUUAGCAUUAAUUAUGAUCAAAUACAUGUAAUAUUGUUUUUUGAUUGAUCUUUUGAUAUGGUAAUGAGCUCAGGAAGAACUGAAAUGAAAUAAAUACAAAAAAAAAAAUCCUCAGUUCAGUGGCAAGUACAUAAAGAUAUAAAAAC